AGAGAGGUGACAGGGACGCGGACGGGGGCGGGGAGGCGGAUGCGCAGACGGCGUGCGUGAUGUAAGGGACCGCGCUCUCUCUGGCCAUGGAACGGGCUCGGCCUGCUGUGACGACAAAGUGCCCCACGCCAGAAAUACUCUGCUGCUCGCUCGGGGAAAUGUGUCGUCGCUCGGUGCCACUCCCUGCACACGCCCCGGCGAGCGCUGCUUUAAACGCUGCGCUGGUGCGCCCUGACGUCUGCCGCCCCGGCCCUGCAAAAGAAACGCAGGUCGAGGCGAGGUGUGUGUCUGCCCGCGCUGCACCCACUGCACCCAGCCCAGCCCGGCUCGCAACCACACGCCAUCCACAGCCAAACAACGCGCUGCGGCGCCAGACGUUGCACGCCCGCUGCCCGGUCUGCCCUAGGCCGCAGACGGCUGCUCGUCACCGUGGCCACCCUGGGUCCCAUGAUGGCCGUGGUCAUCAAUGCCUGUGCCAAUCAUGCCCCGAUGUCGACCAGUUCGCCAGAACUGCGAAUCUCCGCCACCACCGUUCAAUUUCUCGACCAGCCUUCUCCGCCGCUCGAUCGCUCGUGGCCAGCUGCUUUUUCCCAGUCGUGCGCAUGUGACAUCAGAGCCGUCGAGCCCGGAGAUUGUGCUGCACUGCAACUGCACCUUCGUGAUGCCAAUAUUGCACCCUACCCAGCCUGUGGAGAGCCACGUCGGCUACGCUGCCACGGGAAGCUGCGCUGCGAACGCUAGCCAGGCCGAGGGGAAUGCCUACUCAUUACAAUGGAGCCCUCCCCCUCCAAUGAUGUGCUCACGCCCCAAUCCUUCUACCAUUCCCAGUCGUCGAGUUCAGGUACCCGGGGCUCGAGCAUGCAUGUCGCCGCUACGAAACGCGUGCUUGCUUAUCACAGAUACGUCCAACACGGAAUAAAUACUAAUGG